AUGGCCGCCAUCGUAGCACCAAAACCCCUCUCGUUCCUCACCACCCUCACCACCCGCUUACCCACGCGGCGUUCCACCCAAACCUCCUGUUCCAGUGCCGGCCGCCGCGGUCCCGCGGUCGCGGCCACUCCUCGUCCCGGUGUAGCUUGCAGGGUCCAUUCCCGCCUGAGGUCUCUUCUCCCUCCCAGCGCGGCAGCCUCGCCCCCAACCGCGGCAGCGGCGGAAGGCAUGUCUGACCCGGAGCUGAGGCUGGUGCUCGAGCUCGCUACCGACGAGGAGCUGAUGGAGGUGGAGGAGAUCCUCUACGGCACCAGCUAUUUUAGUCCAUUGCUAAAAUCAAUUGCAAGAAGACCGAACUCAGAUGGUGUUGUUGUUUUGGAUGAUAUCGAGGAGAGAGAUCAUUUCAUCUCAAAAUUAGAGUCAAGGUUCCUGUAUCUUGCUGCAGAUGCUCGCUCUAUAAUAAGGAGGUGGAGACCAUCGUACAGAGAUGUCUUGCUCAGAGUAAGAAAAAAAAUUGGUGUUCGGUGCUCUAGCAAAUUGUGUACUGCAGACCUUGAGGCAGAAAUAUUUCUUCACCUUGUGGAUGAAUAUUCAAGCCACAAGAAAGACCGACUUUCAUUUCCAUGGGAUAAACAAAAAUCUCCAAAAGAAACCUCUAGCCUUGGUGCAAACAACUGGAAGGUGCUUACUGAUGUGGCUUGGAGGAUUGGAACAAAGGGAAUGGAAAGUACCUUUCUAAAGGGUGGUAGUGCAUUGACUUUGAAAACGAUAUAUGAAUCGUUAGCCAGUAGACUGUCUGGAAAACUGCUGAAGGAGGCUGCAAAUUAUGAGAUAAAGAAAGAACUUGUUAAGCAGGGUGGGCGGUUGGCUGCUGUUAACCUGGAGUCUAGAGCUGGUUUGCUUGCAGCUAGGCAGGGUUUGGCUCGUGCAGCAUCGAGAUAUGUUGGACUCAGGAGUGUCAUGACAUUUCUUGGACCAAUAAUGUGGGGGACGCUCUUGGCUGAUAUUGUGAUUCAAAUGCUGGGCACGGAUUAUGCUAGGAUCGUCCAGGCAAUCUAUGCAUUUGCUCAGAUUCGUCUGACUCGGACAAGUUACAUAGAACCUGAUGAAGAAUGA